AUGGCCAUCCCCAAACAUGUUCUUAUCGUUGGAGCGGGUCUCGGAGGUCCGUGUCUUGCUCUCAGUCUUGCUCGCCAGAAGAUCUCGUCAACCAUCAUUGAGAUCCGACACGGUAUCAGUGAAUCCGGAGGGUCACUGAGUCUAGGGGCUGACGCCCUUCGAGUCCUAGACCGAAGCGUUGGUGUAUAUGAUCGUGUGAGAGCAGCCGGGUUUGUCUACCAUCGGAUUGGGGCAUACUUGGAAGAUGGACAUAAAUUAGGUGAAGUCGUAGCUGGUGAAGAUACGGAUCAAGGCUAUCCUGCAGUAAGGAUUAUGAGACCGACGCUGCAUAAACUCCUGAUAGAAGCGAGUCAAGCAGCGGGAGACUUUGUGAAGAUCAAAUGGUCAGGUAGUAUUAGUACAAUAGAUGAGGAUGAUACUGGCAUAACGGCACGUUUCGAUGAUGGUACGGAGAUCAGAGGUGACAUCCUCAUUGGUGCUGAUGGGAUACAUUCCCAGGUACGCAAACACGUACUUGGCUCGGCAUCCCCUAUUCCACUUUUCACGAAUACUUGCGUCAUCAACGGGUUUCUACCCAGAUCUUCAGCUAAAAUCCCAUCCUCAAACUUCACCUUUCCUGCCAUCAUGUUCACUCCGGCAGGCGUUUUCAUGACAAUUCCUAUUGAUCCAGAAGGCAAAACACUCGCGUGGGGAGUUACCACCUCGGAGAAAGAGCGGACCAGGAAAGAGUGGAGUGAAUUUGAGUUAUCAGGAGAUGCGUUACGAAUGGCUAGAGCGGAAUGUUCGGAUAUACAACUCGAACCGGUGCGAUCUCUCCUCGACAAUGCUGUCGAGUCGGAAGCUCGUGUCUGGCCUGCAUAUAGUAUAUUUACUCUGCCAACAUGGCACACCUCAAGGAUUUGUUUAAUCGGCGAUGCAGCUCACGCCCUCCCGCCCAAUGGUCAAGGUAGUGCAAUGGCUUUCCAAGAUGCCGCUCUGCUUGGCCGGAUGAUUGCCUCUAAAUCUGCAUCAACAAGCUAUGACCAAGUUUUCACUCGCUUUGAAGCCCUUCGCAGACCAGAGAUUGAGAAGGUUGAAAAGUCGGCAAAACCAGUUUCGUCCUUGAAGACAAAAUCUGGACCAUGGAUUUGGUAUUUGAAGAGCUGGGCGUUUUGGGGUUUCUUCAAAUUCAAAGGUGGCGUGCUACGCAUGCACAAUGGCCCUAUAUACGACGUGGAUGCAGUAGACCUCGGUAAGCUAUAG